GAACACGAAGCUUUAGACUGAUUAUUGCCAUUGAAGAUCAAUUUGAAACCUGCAUCGAGGCAAGCUCACGACUUGCCGAGCACUUUGCGGUUGGGUUGGCCUUGUAGCUUUGCACAGCUGUCGUGCUUCACCAAACUCCAUUUCACUUUCACCUUCCACUGCGGUUAGUACAGAUCUUGUAACCUGCCGGUGCGGCAGGCUAGGAUGCUGCGCUCUCCAGCGCAGCUAGCGCAUCAGCGCACCAGCGCCCAGUCAUCUAGAAGACGACUAGCAUCUAGACAGCUGAGUACAUACUCAGCAACGUGGAUCAGGCCGGCUCCAUGCACCAGCCGGGCUCCGGCGCUUCAAUGCCGCGCCAGCAACUCGGACCCCGCCAAACAACCGAAACCUGGAUUCCUGGGUUCUAUCUUUAAGUCUCUUUCCGACUAUGGCAUCGGCCGCAAAAGCCUGUUGGAGGGCGGUGUGGGGUUGUUCCUGCUGGCUGGCGCUGGUGCGGGGGUGGCGCUGGUGGCAUGGGCGCGAGGAAACGCGCUGCGCACGGGGACGCCGUACAAUGCGACCAUCGAACUUCCACUAGCAUGCGGCAUCACGAUCGGAACCCCGCUCCGAAUCCGCGGCGUGCAGGUGGGCCAGGUGCUGGCAGUGAAGCCCUCCCUGGAGCGAGUGGACGUGCUGGUGGAGGUGGGCGACGUGUCCUCCGUCAUCCCGCGCAGCUCCGUCAUCGAGGCCAACCAGUCGGGACUCAUAGCGGAGCCGCUGCUGGACGUCACACCGCAGCUCCCCGUGCCGCCCUACACCGCGCUGCCCCACGACCCCCGCUGCGGCGAGGAGGGGGUGCUGGUGUGCCACAACGGGCGCAUCGCGGGGCGGCAGGGCGUGGCGCUGGACGACCUGGUGUACAUCAUGACACGUCUUGCCCGGCAGGCCGAGUCGGACGGUGUGGACAAGGUGUUUGCGGCCGCCGAGUCCGCCACCGCGCUGAUGGAGGCGGCGGGCCCGCUGGUGGCCACCGCCAGCCAGCUCACCGAGCAGCUGACACCACUGCUGGCGGAACUGAGGGGGGGAGGACUGGUUGGCAACGUGGAGGCCCUCACUCGCACCGCCUCCGACGCCGCCGCCGACAUCCGGCGACUGCAGUCCGCCGUACUGACGGAGGAGAAUGUGCGAGCACUACGGCAGGCGGUGCUGACAAUUUGCAAGACGCUUGACAACGUGGAGAGCAUCAGCAGUGACGUGUCUCUGUUGGCUCGCGACAGCGGUGUGCAGCGCAACCUCAAGACGCUGGUGCAGGCGCUGUCGCGGCUGCUGGAUGAUUGAUGAGCGGGGGGGGGGGUCAAAAGACCAUACCGAACCAUAGGGGGGAGUAAUGCGGGAUGCGUAAUCCGGAUUAGGAUGGAGAGUUGACUAAAGGGAAAGGGAGGAGGAGGGUUAGCAAAGGGAAGCAGAGGAAGCCUGUCGGGAUUAAGGGAGGGGCUCCGAGGCGAGGGGGUGUGAGGGAGACCAGGAGGCCUCCGUACACCGGGAGUUGAUGCUGAGUGUUGUUGUGGCCAGUGGCACGUGCAAGAGAGUUGUUGGGCAGGAGUGAGGAGGGUUAGCAGGAUGGGAAGGGGCAACACACACCGCGUAAGGGAGGGAGUAUACGUGGUGCGAAAGGGACCAUGUUUCCCGCAUAUGCUUUGUGAGGAUGGCCCCUCGGUGUACGGCAGAUCCAAUGUUUCAAUCGCUCCAUGACCGCAGGUUGUCGUUCAUGUCUCUUGUCAUUAUGACGUGCUAGGCAGCUGGUGUGGUUUUGCGUGGCCCUUCUGCUGCUGCUUCGUAGGUUGCUGCGCACAUGCAGGGUUGCAAGUCAAACCAUUCAGCGCACAUUUGUUGCGGGAGUACGUCGGUAGACAUCUCCCGUAUGUCGUGCGUCCGUACAUAUAGCAGUUACUUAGCUGACUGUUAGGCAGGUGGCUGUGCGGAUAUGGCGUUGGCGGGAGAUCAAAGAAUUUAUGUGGAGGUGUUUAUGCGUGGGUAAGCGUUUGUGCUGUUGGGAGAAGACGGAGACGCCGGCUGGGAUUAGGCAAACAGACUAAGGAAUGAC